AUGGACAAUCUUUAUAUGAAGGGUGAUCUGUUACGACUUCAUAUUAAGAAUAAUGAUAUAAUAGAAGGCAGAUUUUAUAGCAUGAAUAAAGAUAAAUCGAAAAUAUCACUCUAUGAAGUGAAGGAUAUACUACAGAAAGAGUUGAAUGAAGGAGUAUGCCAUUAUUAUGAUUCUGAAGUAAGGGAUAUUGUAAAGGUUAAAGAGGAAAAUGAACAUAAUCAUUUGAAGAUAACACAAAAAGAAUGUGAAAGUAUUAUAAAAAUGUCUAAGAUGUAUAUCUAUAUAAAUCAAGUAGAUAAUACUUUUCAUCAGGCAAUAAAUGACCUAAAUUCACAAAGUUACCUUGGGUUGAGUACUGAUGGGGCUAAUUUGGGCCGAAAGUGUAAGAUGCCUUUUCUAGUGAUUUCAACACUACAGCAAAUAUACAUUUUUGACAUUCAAGUUUUGCAAUAUCAUGGAUUUGAUGCUGGAUUAAGAAGUAUACUUGAAAGUAAUGUUCCUAAAAAGAUUGUUCAUAACUGUAGAAUGUUGUCAGACUGUCUGUAUCACAAACAUAAUGUUAAGUUGAACUCUGUUUUCGAUACACAGGUUGGUGAUAUUAUUAUAACAAGACAUAAAACAGGUUACCUUCCAAAUAAUGUCAAAACAUUGGGAGAAUGUUUGAACAAUUACCUUGGUCUGAAGCCAGAUACUAUUCAAGAAAAUUUGGACAUAGUUGAGUGCACUAAGCGCCCACUAUCUACUAACAUCAAAGAUAUACUUGCAAAGAAUAUAUCAUUUUUAUACCGUCUUUCUGAAAUUAUAAAUGAUCAAAUGAUGCUCCCAUUUGUAAGAGGUGUUGAGUGUUUUAUACAAAAUCUGCGGGCCAGUGAUGAUUUUAAAGCCUGGGAGUUAUGUGGCAAGCAAUAUCAAUUACCAAAGGAAUUUAAAAGUGCUACUGAGUAU